AUGUCAUCGAAUCGAGCAUUCACGCUACUUGGUGUGGCUGCCGCGGGUGGUGUCGGCUAUUACCUCUAUAACGCUGGAGGAGAUCCAAAGGUUGCCCAGAAGAAGUUUGAAGCCGAUGCCUCCAAGGUCUCCUCUCAGAUAAAGAGCGACUUGCCUGGUAGAGAAAAGGAAGCCAAGAAAGAGGGAGAAGCACUAGCAAACCAAGCCAGCCACAAGUUCGAUCAAGCUUCGGCCGAUGCCAAAACCAAACUCUCCGAGGCCGAAGCUAGAGCGAAGGAAAUGAGCCAGAAGACUGGUAAAGAGAUCAACAGCGCCAUCGACAAGUUUGACAAGACUGUGGAAGAGAAGGCUGCAAAGGCGAAGAGCGGCAUCAGCAGCUGGUUCGGCGGCAAGUAA